AUGGCCUCUCUAGAAGAGCUCCUCUCCAACAUCAACUCAGGCGCAGUGGAUGUCACAGUCUCCGAUGCCGUCAAACGCCAGCCCCGCAAGCCUAAAGCGCCGACCGACUUUUCGAAGCGGCUGCGCGGCCAGGCUGCGGCGACUCCGGCAGCGGUAGCUACCGCCGCCGCCGGAGGCGGCAUCGCCGCCGCAGGCGGCGGCGGCCCACCGCCCCUCGCCCCCGACGCCCCGCUCACUAUGCGGCUCAAGCGUGUAUUGGACCUGCUUCGCCUCAACCGCGACGCACACACCUUCGCCGACAUUCGCACCAAACUCCAUGUCGACCUCUCCGUCGAUUCAGAGCUGCUCGACCAGCUCUCGUCCCACAGCCACGUCACGUACGACACCAUACACCACACGCUGCGGUACCGGCCAAAGGGCGCCUCCAGUGCCGUACCCAUGACGGGGGUGCGUGUAGCCGACAUUGCGGAUGCCUACCUGGCUAUCAUGGAUGACAUCAAGCGCCUGCAGGCGGAGGGCUCCGUGUACGUUUUCGGCAACACGACCGCCAGCGGUGAUGUCGUUUACGCGGUGCAAAAUAUGAACAUCGGUCCCGUGAGUGAGUCCGUCGUGGAGAUGUUCCACAACACCCGGCUGCCAGUGGACAUUGUGGAGCUGCAGUGGCGCGCGAGGGACCUGGGCCUCAAGUCAGCGCUGGCGACCAGGCCGAAGAAGAAGAAGCGGCGCAAGGUGGAGCGCAAAUUCAACGUCGACAAGGCCACCAAUGCGCAUAUGCGGGAGCUGUUCGAGGGGGCACAGCCCACAAAUAUCGAUACCCGGUAG